AUGAAUGACCAAUGCACCGGCUACUAUCCAGCGUCUCAUGGACCUUAUGAUGUUAUAAUUUAUUCACCAACUUUUGAACAACAUCUAAUAGGCAUUGACAAUGUUUUUAAUCGAAUAAAAGAAAGUGGUCUUACAUUAAAACCGUCAAAAUGUUUCUUUUGCCGCCAUGAAUUAAAAUAUCUAGGCUACAUUAUUAGUGCUGUUGGCAUUCGUCCCGAUCCAGAUAAAUUAGAGGCGGUCCGGUCUUUUCCCGUACCAUUUAAACCUAAAGGUGUACUAGCCUUCUUGGGUCUUAGGGGUUAUUAUCGGCGUUUUAUCAAAAAUUACGCUGAGAUUGCUGAGCCUCUUUUCGAUCAGAGAAAAGCAUAA